UCUGCCUCCGGCCUCGGCGACUCUGCCCCUCCUGCCAGGCCCCGCCGACGGCUUCGCUUCGUUUUGCCUCUCCGUCUUCACUUCGGCCUGAAUUUCUCCGGCGGAAGGAGGUUUUCUGGUCCCGCGUUCCGGGGCCGAGUGUCCCCUGCCGCCAGACUCUCACCUCCCCGGUGUUGGUCCCCUGCAGGCUGGAGGACCCUCUGAAAUACCUGGAAGGCCCAGAACCAUCUUACUCAUGUGAGCCUGUGGAAGACCUCAAAUACUUGUUCAAGAAGCAACCCUCAGAGUCAGAUAAGUGAUUAUACCUUGGUGGUUUGGCUUGCUGACUUUGCUUUUUGUUGCAUUUGUUUUACUUUUUCUUCUCUGUGAGUACUGUUUCGGGUCACCUCCACUCCCUGGGAAAGACCCGUUCUGCCCCUGCGGGGUCUAGAAGGUCAAAACCAAUGAUGGGACUGAUGAAGUGGAUCCUUCUCUUGGCCCUUCUCCUGGGGAUGAGUUGGGAAGAAAAUAACAAAGGAGGGGGAACCUGGAGAGAAAACUCAAUUGUCAACUUUUCUAGCAUUGUGGCCUCAGGAAAUAAUCUCUCUAAUUGUUGGAUUUGUCAUCCUCACCCACAAGAUGGGGUUCCUAAGCUCCAGUUUGUACCUAUAAAUGAGAAUAUUACUCUCACCUUGACUUCUGGUCCUGUUAGAAGCACAGCCCUUCUAGUAGUAGAACUUGAUGAUCGUGAUGAUAUGAGGUGUGUCAGACUUACAGACUUUUGGAACCAAACUGGUCUCCAAGUUAAGCGGCCUCUUCUCUGUCAAGAACAAGGACAGCCCUGUUGCCCCUGCCGGACAGAUACCUGCCUUACCAACAUGGGAAGCUCGCCCUCCAUUUAUCCUAUGUCAUUUUCCUCUUCAAGCUCUUCAUGUAGCCCCAACCAGACCCACUGGUGUGUGGACUCGUCUCUGCUCUCCCCAGGCGACCAACCUAACUUAUCCUGUACAUACUGGAAAGGAACAGCAACCCCUUCCUGGAGACUGACCUAUCAGACCCCAUCUGCCUUCGAUAGCCAGGAGGGAAUAGAAGAGGAUUCAGAGCUUGGUGGGGGGCCACUGGACGGAGGGCCCCUGUCCCCCAGAUGCAAGAGUACACCUAACUGGGGUCCCCUUUUACGAAGUUGGUUUAAUUCCUCUUCACCCCGCCAAGCUUGUACCCCACCUGGGUAUCUCUUUCUCUGCGGUCCACCACAAAAUAAACUACCCUACGAAGGGAGCCCCAAUUCCUCCUUCUCCUGGCCUCUUCGGGCGGUGGCCUAUUCAUGUGUAGAUAAUGUUCACUUCCGGGGAGAAUGCACUCUGGGACGAUUGGGUCCUAAAGGAUUAGGUGCCACUAUAUAUAACGUCACCUCUCAAACCAGACGAAAGAGAGCACUCGGGCUCAUCUUGGCAACAACUGGAGAAGCCGUAGGACUGGCUGCCCCCUGGGGGGGCUUUGCUUAUCAUGAAACAACCUUAAAAAACCUUACCCAGGUCAUAGAAAAUCUGGCCACAAACACUGGUGACAGCUUCGAGGGCCUCCAGGAGUGCCCGGAUUCCUUGGCUAAUGUCGUACUUGACAAUCGCUUAGCUCUAGAUUAUCUUCUGGCCAAACAAGGGGGUGUCUGUGCAGUGGUCAACAACACUUGCUGUACAUACAUCAACAACUCUGGGGAAGUGGAGCUAAAUAUUCAGGAGCCUUACCGACGAACCAGAUGGUUGCGUGGGUUCAAUAAUCACAAUGCCCAACUCUGGGACGCAAGUAGAGGCUCUGUGCCUAGCGUUGUGUGAUUCCUCCUCCUGGGCCCUCUUGUGGCCAUCAUUCCUUUGUUAAUAUCCAGACCCUGCCUCUUUAAUCUUGGUUAAGUUUGUGUCAAACUGCUGGUGGCACAAGGGUCCCACCUACCGGGUCCCAAGAGGAACAAGGUCCCUAUAGGGCGUUAGAGCAGUCCGCGAGAGAUUUUACUCCUCCAGGGUAGGACAGGGACAACGCCCCGCUCAGCAGGAAGCAGUUUCAGAAGAUGAGACCCUCGGCCCCUCCUCCUUCGGAGUAAGGAGGGUAACAUCUCUCAGGGGGGCUGAGCUGGAACAGAGGCUGUGUCUGGGACCCCGCCCCCCCCCCCCCCCCCCCCCGGCUCCAGCCCACAAAGCCCGUUGCUCUGUGCCCAUCGCCUUAGAAGAGGCUGAACCACACGUUUCUGAGCCGUAUAUCGCAGUCGAUCUCGGGGAUGCGGAAGCGGGAUGUUUGCCGGAAGGACCUCGGCAGGAGAAACCGGACCAAACCAGCCUGUGCCGCGGGGCACCCCAGCGCUGACCCUUCACCCACUCUCCUGACGGCGGCGGCCGGGGGCGGAGACUUGGCAUGCUAAUGAGUCACGUGCUGCCUGCGGCCGCGUGUUGUCCACUGCGCCUGCGCGCAGCGUCCCGUGUCGCCGCCCCCGCCCCGUCCCAGCUAGGAGGUCCCUGCUUUCCCGCCUCAGCCCCUUCAAACUUUCCGGGCCUUUGUUCCCGGCGCUGCCUGCCUGGUACCGGAGCAUAAGCCCCCAAUAAACACUGCCUCAACCUUUCCUUGC